AUCCCGGUGCGCGUUCACGACUCCGAAACAAUCCACCCAGUCAAAAAUAACGGUAGCCUAUGAUGGGAAGGGAGUGAGACCAACUGUGCACUGAUCCGUGGCAUACCGAGACAGACGAAAAAUAACUCAUCAUCAUGACACGUAAAAUUAACAAUACAAUAGAUAAAUGUAUCAUGUUUUGAAAUAAGGUUUAUAAAGAGAAGGGUCAGAGAAUGCCUUGUAAAAAAACGUAUCCUUGUUUGGAAAUAGUGCUGGCUUGGGAGUCGUCGUCCAUGCGUCUCGCUGGAUGAGUGUUUCUACAGUAAGUCUGCUAACGCCUUUUGUAUUCAGCCAUGUCCGAACUAAAAACCCGUGAACUGCUCAAUGCCUUAUUACGCGAUCCGUGGCUCUGGAAUGGAAUGCAACAUUGUUGCGUCGCAUAAGGAUAAUGUGUUCCACUUUAGAAAGCGAGUUCGUUCCAGCCAUUUUUGGGGGGGAGAAGCAAAUCACUUCUAUGUCUUUUUGGGGAUUAAACGCCUAAAUAAUAGUACUCUUCCAGUUGUUUCGAGUUGUCUCGCCUAUCAUGGAAGAUACGGAGCAGAGUGAGGAGGAGCUGGAGCAUGUGGUCCUCUGUCUGCAGGAGGAGGGCAUGGCCCCCGGGGCCUCGGUGAAGGAGCAGCUGGGUUUCCUAUGGAGGCUGUUCCAGCACAGCGAGGGUCGCCUCGUUGCCGUGACCCAUGACCUGGACAGCCUACGAGCACGCCACUCUGCCGAGAUGGCCGAGGUGCAGAGGUACCUGGAGCACAUCCGUAGCCUAUCAGAGAAGAGGGAUGCCCUGGCUCAGGAGUACGAGCAGGAGAAUGAGGUCCUCAGGGCCCAGCUGCAACGCCUGACACUCCAGCAAGAUGCCCAGAUGAAUGAGGUGGCUGAGAUGUUGUACCAGGAGGGCCUGGCAGAAGUGAUUCCCAGCAGCCACAGUGAACAGGUGGCCUACCUGCUGGUGGAGAGGGCCUCCCUGCUGGAGAGACCUGAUGAACCCCAGGCCCCGCAAGUCCCCGAUGCCCAGGCAGGCACCCCCUCUGCUAGCCAGCAGGAGACACAGUCCCAGACUCAGUGCACCAAAGAGAGCAUGGACCAGGGGGCACCCUCACUUGGCCAGAGCCCAUGGAAGAGGCUCUUUGGACUCCACAAGGCAACUCAGAGCAAACAGGCUUUGGCCUCAGUUGAGCUCAGGCCGGGGUCAGGGCUCAGUGUGGAGCGGGAGUGGGCCCGUCUAGAGAGAGACCUGGAGGAGGCAUCACGCCGCUUGGCCAUGGCCCACAGAGAGAUCCGACGUCUGACCGAUGAGCUAGAGUCAGCCCGCAUGACCCAGAGUGCCUAUGAGCCAGAGCUGCAGGGAGCCCAGGAGGAGGUAGAACAGCUCAGACAGGAAGUGGAAAAGCUCAAGAAAUGUGACGUGGUGGAGUUGCGUAAGGCCACGGAGCUGAAUGAUCGUCUGGACCAGGAGAUCAGAGCCCUCAGGACAAGGGUGCGCACCAUGGACGCAGAGAGAAAGACCCUCCUAGAGACGGUGGAGAAAAUGAAGCACUCUGACAACGCGGCUAAGAUCCACCCAGAAGCACUGCAGCUUAAUUUGGCUAAGGGAGAAGGGAUAGCCGCCCCUCAGAUGCACACCGUCUGUCUCCAGACAGAACUACUGCUCCUGGACCAGGUCAAGACCCAUGAAAGACGCCUCCAGCAGUCCGAGACCAAGGACAAGCUGAACGAUGUGCGGCGUCAACUGCAGGGGCUGCAGGAGAAAUACGAUGAGCUGCUGAAUGUUACGAAGAAGGCAGAGGAGUACGAGGACUACGAGGAGCUGAAGAAGCAGAGAGAAGAGGAGGAGAAGGUUCUGGAGCUGCUGAUGGAUAAGACCGAGGAGGUGGAGGAGGAGUAUGAGGAACUGAAGACUAAAAAAGAGGAGGCGGAGAGGGUGUAUGAGGAGCUGAAGAUUAAGAUGGAUGAGGAGAAGAAGGAAUAUGAACAUCUGGAGAAUAUGAGGGAGGAGCUGGAGUUGAAGCUGGAUGAAGCUCUUGGCCGGCGCAAGAAGCAGCAUAGUAGUCAGGCGGUGGAACUGCAGCUUAAGAUGUGUGCUGAGUUGAAGCAGGACCAGGCUAUGGUCAGCCAUCUGGAGCAGAGGGCUCUGCAGCAGGAGAGUAGGGAGCUGAGAGAGGGGCUGGCCCAGAGCAGCCAGAAAGCCCAGAGUUGCAGCCGUCUGCAGGAGGAGCUGAGCGCUGAGAGGGCCAAGCUCAAAGCCAUGGAGGUAGAGAUGCAGGGUCUGCAGCAGCAGCUGAAGAGCACAGAGCACCAGCUGAACGUGGAAAGAAACCGCAACACAGAGUCUGGCCAGCAAGAGGAGGCAGCAAGAUACACGGCCCUUAGGACUCAGGACAACCAGCUCCACAGGAGGAUGUGGGAGCAGAGGGAGGAGGAGCUGCAGGAUGAGGGGUGUUCCCUGCGAGAGGUGGAAGCCUCCCUGAACUGCACUAACUCAGAGCUGAGCCUCCGAUUUAAAGGCCAGCAGACACAGCUAGAUGUCCUACAGAGUCAGACUGGCACUGCCAGCCAGGAGAUUCCUGCUGAUUAUGUAAAGCUGAAGGAAUGCCUGGAGGCCAGGCAGGAGGAUUGUGAGAAACUAACAGAGGAGCUCAUGGAAGUUCUCACGUGCCUGGAUUUACAGAAAAGCAAGAACGCCGAGAAGCGAUCUCAGCACAAAGCCAAAAUGCGGCGAGCCAAACAGAUUUAUUUGAAGGAGACAGGAUGUCGUGAUGAGAGGAUUCAAAGCCUUGAGAGAGACCUGGCUCUCGCCUUAACCUCAUCAGCCAGGGAGAAAGAGAUGAUAGUGAACAUGAAUGAGGAAAAUGGGAAACUGCUGGCAGAGAAGAGGGAUCUGCUCGGAAAACUGAAUGAUGUGGAGGAGAAAACAAACAAGAGUGUGCUUGCUGCCACUACCACUCAAUGCAGUGUGGAUUUCCUGGAGAAGGAAAGUGAGCACCUACAGGACACCAUAGUGGAGAUGUCCGGUCUGAUUCCUAACGGAGCAGCAUUGCAGCACGCACUAAAGAAUCUCCAUAAAGCACGCAGUGCUAAUGUACAGGAAUCGAGGAAAAUGUCUCAUUUUGAGAGCAUACUGCUAACGUCUAGCCUUCUGGAAACCAGAGUUCUGCCUGGAGCAUUUGACAUGAGAAGCCAUUUGGACAACAUCUAUAGGUGCAAGGCCAGUCACACAGAGGAAGCCACCUCUCCACGCUCUUCACUCACCUCUUCACGCUCUACCCUGACCACGCAGCCUGUGGAGAUGGGCUAUCUGAACCUGACCUCAUCCCCAGGGGUGUGGGACAGCAAUCUGAACCUGACCCCCCCUCUGACCAGGGCUGACCACAACCUCUGACGCACUGAGCUCGGACAGUGAUGAGGUGUGAGGACAGACAGGCAGAUACAGCCAAACUUAAGAAGGGAAUGCUGCAAUGAAUAAUACCAUGACAGGACUAGUUGUUUUAUUUUUAAAUUACAUAUAUUCUAUGCAUUGUGGUUUCAGUCUAUUUAAAGUUCAUUUUGUGUCAUGAUAUAACUUUUGAUAUUUUCACAUUGUCAGUAUUUAAAGGGGCAAUCAGCAGUCACUAUGUCCACUUUUGGACUUAAAUGAAUGACAUGUAUCCAUUGAUUCUUCAAGAAUAUAACAAAUGCCUCUUGAGCUCAGUUCAACUGUCAUUCAACUGCUUGUUUUACUCCCAAUGUUUGUAAACAAACACAAAACAUGGUUAAAACUAUAAUUUUGAUAUCAUGGAUGGUCAA